AUGGAGGCCAUGAGGGAGCCCCUGCCUGCAACCAUCCGCAUCACCGGAUAUAAGAGCCAUGCUAAGGAGAUCCUCCACUGUCUGAAGGAAAAAUACUUCAAGGAUAUUCAAGAGCUGGAAAUCGACGGCCAGAAGAUUGAAGCUCCACAGCCUCUCAGCUGGUAUCCUGAUGAGCAGGCCUGGCACACUAACAUGAGCAGGAAGCUCAUCAGGAAGUCUCCCCUGCUGGAGAAGUUUCAUCAGUUCUUGGUCAGCGAGACCGAGUCUGGUAACAUCAGCAGACAGGAAGCCGUCAGCAUGAUCCCUCCUCUGCUCCUGAAGAUAGAGUCCCAUCACAAGAUCCUGGAUAUGUGUGCAGCUCCUGGUUCAAAGACGGCUCAGCUGAUCGAGAUGCUUCACUCUGACAUGGACGUCCCGUUUCCAGAGGGCUUCGUGAUCGCCAACGACGUCGACAACAAACGCUGCUACCUGCUGGUUCACCAGGCCAAGCGUCUCAACAGUCCCUGCAUCAUGGUGGUGAACCACGACGCCUCCUGCAUCCCCAUGCUGCAGAUCGACUCGGACGGCAAGAAGGACAUCCUGUUCUACGACCGCGUCUUGUGUGAUGUCCCCUGCAGUGGAGACGGGACCAUGAGGAAAAACAUCGACGUGUGGAAGAAAUGGACUACCAGCAACAGCCUGCACCUCCAUGGGCUGCAGCUGCGUAUUGCAGUGCGUGGAGUUGAGCAGCUGGCUGUGGGGGGGAGGAUGGUGUACUCCACCUGUUCACUCAACCCUAUAGAGGACGAAGCCGUCAUAGCGGCGCUGCUGGAGAAGAGCGAAGGAGCACUGGAGCUGGUUGACGCGUCGGCUGACCUGCCAGGGUUGAAGUGGAUGCCCGGGGUGACUUCCUGGAAGCUGAUGACCAAAGAAGGCCAGUGGUUCUCUGAUUGGGCCGAUGUUCCCAGCAGCCGGCACACUCAGAUCCGUCCCACCAUGUUUCCACCUAAAGACCCAGAGAAGCUGGCCGCCAUGCACCUGGAGAGAUGUAUGAGGAUUCUGCCUCAUCACCAGAACACAGGAGGCUUCUUCGUGGCGGUGCUGGUGAAGAAAGCCCCCAUGCCGUGGAACAAAAGACAUCCCAAGCUGAGGAAGAGCGCCGCAGCCCAAACCGGAGGCUCCUCCCCAGCAGACGCCCCCUGUCCCCCCCCAGAGGGCUCACAGGAGGAGAUGGAGGAAGGUGGUCCAGAAGCGAAAGUAGACGAGGAGGCAGAACCUGCAGGCGCUCCUUUGGCUCAGGAGGCUGCUGGUAAACAGGAGGCGGUGUGUGGACCUCCACCAUCCAAAAAGCUGAGGCUGUUUGGCUAUAAAGAAGACCCGUUUGUGUUCCUAACUGAAGCCGACCCCGUCUUCAACACCAUACAAUCGUUCUACGAUUUGUCUCCGGACUUCCCCAAGCUCAACGUCCUCACCAGGACGCACGAGGGCAAGAAGAGACACCUGUACAUGGUGUCCAAGGAGCUGCGCAACGUGCUGCUCAAUAACAGCGAGCGCAUGAAGGUCAUUAACACUGGGGUGAAGGUGUGGUCUCGUAACAGUGAUGGAGAGGAGUUCGGCUGCGCUUUCAGACUGGCUCAGGAGGGAAUCUACACUCUUCAGCCGUAUAGAAUGGGCAGCAUAGUGUUGAAGUACCUCCCAAACCCAAAUAACCCCUCUGAGCCUCAGUGUCCAAUCCAGCUGUGCGGCUGGAGGGGGAAGACGUCCAUCCGAGCGUUUGUCCCCCGUAACGAGCGGUUCCACUACCUGCGCAUGCUGGGCGUGGAGGUGUUCAGAGACAAGCAGGGCGUUGGGCAGAAAAGGAAGGAUGGGGAAACUAAAGAGAAGCAGGAGGAGGCAGAGGCAGCAGUGGAAAAAGAGGAAGAGUUGGAGAACGGGGAUGAAAACGGAUCAAUGAAAGAAGAGACUGAGAACAAGGAGAGCACCAGCUGAAGGAGGGACAGCAGACUGUCUGAUUGGAGCUGAGUCCAAAAUGUGCCUCUGGUUGCCACACAGCCAGCGUCUUCUGUUAUUGACUCCUUUAGGAGAUUUCUAUUUGGCUCCCCCUUUAGGAGUCUGGUAAAUGACUUGUGUUCUUUUAAUAUGAUUUCUGUUAAGUUUUACUAACCCACUGAAUGGGGUAUUAUUAUUAUUAUUUUUAUUAUUCUUUCUUAGAUACUACCAGUUAAUCAUCCGCUUUAAUGAAAAUCAGCGGUUCAAAGUUAAAGAUGUUGACAUGUAGCCCCGCCGUAGCUCACAUGGUCGCUCUUAUGGGGCGUCAGCACCGUUUGUGUUCUAAAGCUCAUCAGGGACAUUAAACUGUUCUAAAGAUGGUGUAAACCUGUAGGGCAGCAGCUUUUGCACUACUGUCCUUUUAAUAGUUUUUAUUUUUUGAUUAACAACAAAAUCAGCUGUUAUUCAGCCUAAUAAAGGAAGUUACAGCUUUAGGCGACAUGCUGAGUCUCUUGAUGUCUGAUCCGAUGUGAUUGCUGCUGUUUAAACAAUAAAACGUUUGCUUUAGGCUACAAUCCUGGAA